AUGACCUUUGACCAAGUCAGCAACAUUACCGGUGACAGUCUGGCGACGCCGGGACUGGUUGCCGCACCAUAUUCAACGACUGCGAUACAGGACAAGGCAAAGCACAACCAGACGCUCUAUGCAUCCUUUCCUACUCUUCAUCCACUUGGAAAGCCGCCAACGCGAAACGCUGUGCUGGAGCAACAAUGUCCACCGGUUGAAGAUUGGAUCAAGGGGCAGACAAAGUCGACCACCUUGUACGCGKCUUGGGCCUUGAUCGUGAGCCACAUGACAAAGUCGAAGCGCGUUGUGUUCGGCGUGACGGAUUGGCAGCAUCAGCCAGCGAAAUCAGGAGAUGUGUCCGGCGCAGAAGUGCUCGUCAUGCCCAUGUUCAUCGCUUCCGAUGGCCAUCCAUCAGUCCAGGACUAUCUCGCCCAUGUACAGAGUCAGCAAGCCAGACUCGGGUCUUCUGAUCCAGAAGGCGUGCGUGAGCCGGGAAGCGACACCCAAAGCAGGCCUGCCUUCUCGACGCUACUCAAUAUUCAACCUGAGAAUAACACUUUAUCAAUGGAGAGGUCCCCAUGUAAAGGUACCAGCGAGCAGCAACCGAGUUGCAGGAGUACAGGAAUUGCUCUGACACUUAGCAUUCACUUUGGCAUCGACCAUGCUGCUAUCACGGCUUCUUUCGACUCCACCGUCAUCUCCGAUUGGACAGUGAGACACUUGUGCCGACAGCUGGCCUUCGCUUUACACCAGCUUCAAGUUGCAAGCGCCGUGGACAGCAUUUCUACAAUUACGAUUACAACACCCGACGAUUUGGAUCAUAUUUGGAGCUGGAAUGGUGCUGUCCCGACUCCUGUUGAGCGUUGCGUUCAUCACAUAAUCCAGGAGUGCGCGGCAUCACAACCAGCUGCACUAGCUAUCUGCGCCUGGGAUGGUGAGCUAUCGUAUAGCCAACUGGACCGCCUCGCCAUGGGUCUUUCCCGCCAGCUUUCCGGGCUGGGUGUUGGUCGCGGUAAGAUUGUGCCGCUAUGUUUUGAAAAAUCCAUGUGGGCAGUCGUCGCCAUGCUCGGGGUGCUCCAGAGUGGAGCCGCUUUCGUGUUGUUUGAUCCCUCGCUUCCCGAAAGUCGUCUUCUUGCCCUGGCGAGGCAGGUGAAAGCCAACGUCAUUGUGUCGGGCGAUCUGGAGAGGCAGCUGAGUUCUCGACUCGCACCCCAUGUGAUGGCCCUGGGGACAUCUGUCAGUCAAUCCUUAUACGAUCAACCCGCAUCACCGGCAGGCGACUCCCGUCCGUCCGAUGUCAUGUACAUUGCGUUUACGUCAGGUAGUACGGGAGUGCCAAAAGGCGCAAUUAUCACCCAUCGAAACCUCGCAUCUGCCCUACACUAUCAACAGGACAGUCUCCGCCGUUCAUCUCGCUCUAGAACUUAUGACUUCUGCGCAUACACAUUCGACGCUUCAAUCUGCAAUAUAUUCUCAACACUUGCUGCAGGCGGGUAUGUAUGUGUCCCUAGCGAGGACCAAAGGCGAAACAACCUCGUAGGAAGCAUAGCGUCUCUUGGGGCAAAUACUAUCGACCUUACUCCAUCUGUCGCCCGAAUCCUAUCUCCCGAGCAGGUGCCUAGUAUAGAAGUUAUUGUCUUUGGAGGAGAAACGCUACACCCCAAAGACGUGGCACGUUGGUGGGGGAAAGUCCACAUUAUCAACCUGUAUGGGCCAUGCGAGUGCACGCCGAAUAGCACAAUUAAUGGCAGUCCUACGAGUAUUGAAGAUGCUACACACUUGGGAAAAGGCCUCGGUUUGUUGACUUGGGUUGUCGAUGUUGAUGACCACGAUGUUAUUCUUCCGCUAGGGUGUAUUGGUGAGCUGUUACUCGAGGGUCCUCUUGUUGGGCAGGGCUAUCUAGACGACCCUGCGAAGACAGCAGCAGCAUUCAUUGAGAAUCCGCUGUGGCUACUUGAAGGCAGUCCCCACCAUCUAGGAAGACCUGGUCGGCUUUACAAGACUGGAGACUUGGUUCGGCUUGACAAAGACGGAUGCUUGACUUUCAUGGGACGCAAGGACUCCCAAGUCAAAGUUCGAGGGCAGCGGGUGGAACUGGGCGAGGUGGAGCAUGCUCUCCUCGCAUGUGGUGCCGUUGACGAUGCCGCCGUUGUUCUCCACAAUGAUGAUGAACAGGGCGCUCGGAUGGUAGCCUUCGUUACUCUUCAUGACCAAUACCCUGCAUUCGAGAAAAGACCAAAAUUCACCUAA